GCGCAAUAACUGCUGGGUAUAAAACUAAAAAUGUAUUCAUACUUUUAUUUUCCAAUGGAACCCCAAGGAAAGCAUAAAUGUAGUAAGGAUAUUUUGUAAGUAUUGUAAACAUAUGGGGCCGAAAAUAUAAUAACCAAAAAAGAUUAAAGGGAAAGAAAAUGUAGUUUGUGUUCUUUUAUUUCCUUCUCUUGACUUCUCUAGAUCGCUUCGUGUGCCCUGUCUGUCUCAACUUCCCUCAACCAUCAGGCAAUAAUAACUCAAGUAAUUUCGAGAUGGGCCCCGGAGAUAGUGAAGCAGUGGAAUGCAAGUGUGGUAUGCCUCUUUGCAUCUGUGUUGUUGCUCCACCCAAAACCUCUAACCCACAGGCUACACGGGCUCCUCCUAUGGCUCUUCCUCAGUCAGAUCCCAAACCAAAGUCUGACACUUCAGCUAAAAGUAAAGGUUCCACUUCCAGCACCAAUGCUAGACCAGACAAGCCCCAAAAAGACUAUGAAGUCACUGGGGAGGGAUUAAGAGAAGCAAUUAAGAAUGGUGACACUGCUGGUGUGAAAAAGCUUCUGAGUGAGGGCGUGGACGCAAAUUACCAUGACAAGCAGGGAAUGUCAGUGCUUCAUCUGGCGGUUCUGUUCAACCAAACUGAUAUUGCGUUGAUGUUAAUGGAACAUGGAGCCAGCCUUGACUACAAAAAUGCACAAGGAGAAACACCACUAGAUUGUGCUCCUGCAACACUGCAAUAUAAGAUGCGGGAAAAGAUGAAGUCGACUUAGUAUGAAUUGAAUUCAAGGCAGAGUUACAAAUCUUUCCUCAAAAGUCUGUAAAGGGCAAAUCAAGGGUCAUGAAUUUGCUUGUAAGACAUCAAUAUUGACAUUCUGUAUGCAAUUUCUCGUCUUGUGUGAACUUUGAAACGUCGGCUUCUUCCACUCUUGUAAGUCUUCUCUAUGUGUUAUCCGCUGUCACUGUUGUCAACAAUUACAAUAUCGCAACAUAUACAGAGAAACACAUUAUCAAUA